CUAAUAGCAUGCAGGCGCUUGAGUUGUACACGGACUGGAAUCUUCGGCUUGUUCCAUUUAUUUACAUCGGCACAGUGAUUCGCUGAGUUGUCUGCGAAAAGUUCCGGCUUGCCACAGUCUGCGAAGUUCGCGCGGAACUCCCGCCUCUAGGUUUUCCAGGAGGGCGAGGAGGAAGGCGGAGCCAUGCCCUCGCGUCGAGGCUCUCGAUGUCAGAAAGUGUGCGACUGACUCGUGAGCAUGCUGACGUGAAGGGCCGCUGGCCCGAGUCGCCCGUGAAUGAGAAGUCUGCCCCGGCGCCUGGGCCUGGCCGUCGUUUUGUUCGUAUCACUAUUGUCACUAUGGAAAUCGUUCAGCGUGGAUCGACUGGCCGUAUCACGGCGGACGGUCGGGGCCCAACAGGAACAGGAGAAGUUGAGGCAGACGGAAACGAAGAACCAGCUUCUGAAACGAGAACUUCAAGAAUGUUACGGUCAACUGCUCAAUCUGCAGCGGACCAACGAUAGCGCACAGUCAUCAUUGGCACGCGCCCUGAAAUGUCAGGUCAUCCACGUGUCGAUCGUGUGUGCCGGAUACAACUCUACGAGAUCUUUAGUCACUCUAAUCAAAAGCGUCCUGUUCUACCGGAAAAAUCCUCUCCAUCUUCAUCUCGUGACGGAUUCCGUAGCGCACUCGAUACUCAGCACCCUCUUCAAAACCUGGGAGAUUCCGCAGGUCGAGUACUCUUUCUACCUGACUGACAAAGUUGCUAAGGACGUCAACUGGAUCCCCAAUAAGCACUACUCGGGCGUCUAUGGUCUCAUGAAAUUGGUCCUCACCAAAGCUUUACCUCUUUCCUUGGCCAAAACAAUUGUGCUCGAUACCGACGUGACGUUUGCGUGCGACAUCGCGCAGCUCUGGAAACUCUUCGACUCGUUCGGUCCCGAACAUGCGAUAGCUCUCGUGGAAAAUCAGAGCGACUGGUAUCUCGGUAAACUAUGGAAACACCACAAACCGUGGCCCGCUCUCGGUCGAGGAUUCAACACCGGGGUGAUUUUGUUACACUUAGGAAAACUUCGUUCCAAAGGCUGGGACGAGCUCUGGCGGAACGUGGCCGAAAGAGAGCUCAGCUCCAUGUACUUUACGUCUCUAGCCGAUCAAGACAUCUUCAACGCUGUGAUCAACUCGUAUCCCGCCUUGUUACUGCCCCUGCCUUGUCAAUGGAACGUCCAACUCGGAGAUAACACACUGUCCGAAGUCUGCUACUCGGAGGUCGAAGAUCUCAAGGUCAUCCAUUGGAACUCACCGAAGAAACUCCGGGUCAAAAACAAACACGUCCAGUAUUUCAGGAAUCUUUAUCUGACUUUCCUGGAGUACGACGGUAAUCUCCUGCGGCGCGAGUUAAUUUCCUGCAACCGGAGCUCUCCCAACGAAUCCGGUCCCUCGUCGCAAGAUCAACUGCAAGGACUCGAUGAAGACGAUCCGUGUUACGAGUUUCGUCGAGGGAAUAUAACGCGCUACCGAACACAUCUCUACUAUAUGGAAUACGAGUACCCAUCCUCUCCCGACUAUGUGACUCUGGUGACGCAACUCUCGAUGGACCGCCUCCAAAUGGUGGAGGCGCUCUGUAAACACUGGUCGGGUCCAAUCUCGUUGGCGCUGUACCUGUCGGACUCCGAAGUUCAGCAAUUUCUGUCAUUCACACUCAACUCGGAGGUCCUCUCCAAACGACGCAAUAUAGGGUAUCACAUCGUUUAUCGAGACGGGCCGCUGUACCCAGUGAACCAUCUCAGGAACGUAGCGUUGGACCAAGCCGACACGCCAUACGUAUUUUUGUCUGACAUCGAUUUCCUCCCGAUGUUCGGGUUAUUCGAAGCUCUGAAGAACUACAUCCGUUUUCUGAGGAUGGACGCUCCGAAUAUGGGCUUGUACAGAGCUCUGGUGGUACCUGCCUUCGAAACGCACAGAUAUCGCGUCGAGUUUCCCACCAGUAAAGCCAAACUACUGAAAAUGCUUGACGACGGUCGAGUGUUCACUUUCCGACACGACGUUUGGUGUGCGGGUCACGCCGCCACCGACUUCGCGCGAUGGAAAACCGCCACGACCCCCUACGAUGUGAACUGGCAACCGCAUUUCGAACCGUAUGUUGUAGUUCGGAAGGAAGUUGUGAGGUUCGAUUCUCGCUUCCUCGGCUUCGGUUGGAACAAGGUAUCUCAUGCUCUGGAGCUGCAAGCACAGGGAUAUACGUUCACCGUACUCCCGAAUGCCUUCGUUGUCCACCUGCCGCAUGCUCCUUCACUGGAUAUCGCUAGAUUCCGUUCGUCGAAAAAGUAUCGGGAUUGCUUGAAGAGUCUCAAGCAGGAGUUCGUCGAGUACAUCAACGUGAGAUACGGCAAACAACUGAUGACCGACCCCGAAUCUACAACAGUUCGUUGCAGUUGA